GCCCAUCCAACCAAGUUGGACAUCGGUGGCAGACGCGGGAGGAGCAGUCGCCAUGGAGAUGAACAAGAAGAUCGAGGAGGUCGUUGCCAAGGCGGGCGUUGCGAUCCUCAACGACGAAGACGCGCUCAUCGUGGACGAUGAGUGGACGCCCGAGCGCGAGACGUUGGCCCUCGAGCUCCUCAACCAGGACAAGAAGGUCGUGCCGGCGUUCUGGCAAGAAAAGUACGAGCGCGAAGCCGCCAAGAGCUGGGACCUCUUCUACAAGCGAAACACGACCAACUUUUACAAGGACCGGCACUACUUGCAUUUGGUAUUUCCCGAUUUGGCUCCCAAGGAAGAUGGCACAAUGGCUUCGUCUGAGCCGCAGUGGCUCCUCGAAGUGGGCUGUGGAGUCGGCAAUGCGGCGCUUCCGCUGCUCGAAGUGAAUCCGAACCUCAACGUCGUCGCCAUCGACUUUGCGCCAAAAGCCGUCGAUCUCUUCAAGGAGCAACCGCUCUACGAUCCGGCGCGCGUCCAUGUGUCCGUGUGUGACAUCACGAAGGACGUGCUCCCGGCCAUCAUUGACGAAGCCGGCGGCGUCAACUAUGCGCUUUUCAUGUUUUGUCUCUCGGCGCUGCGCCCUGACAAGAUGCAAGACGCUGUCGCCAAGAUUGCGAGCGCCGUGCGCCCCGGUGGCAAGAUUUUCUUUCGUGACUACGGCCGCUACGACCAAGCGCAGCUCCGCUUCAAGCCCGGUCACAAACUCGCCGAAAAUUUUUACGUGCGCCAAGACAACACGCGCGCCUACUACUUCACGACUGAGGAGGUCCAGACGCUCUUUGAAGCUGCGGGCAUGGUGCAGGUAGAGAACGAGUACAUUCGCCGGCAGUACGCCAACCGGUCACAAAAUGUUGUGCGCUUCCGCGUGUGGAUCCACGCCGUGUUUGAAAAGCCCAUGCAGCAGUAAGCCACCAAUACAGAGCUGUUUCCUUCUUGAAAGA